GUUCUCUCUUGUCCCGGCAGGAACUCAAAAGGAGGAGGAGGAGGAGGCAACAGUGGGAUGUUUUACUGGUGCAACACUGCCACCUUACACCUGCGUGGUCAACCCGGCGAUAUGCAGGCUCACUUGGCUUGUGUGUUGCUGUUGCUGUGUUUCACCUGCAGCGGGCUGUGUGCAGACAUGGAGCAGGAACUGGGAGAACAACUCCUCAGCAGCCUGUUUGCUUCCAAGCUGAAACAGGCGAGCAAGCAGAGCGCCCCCUACUGGAGGCUAUCGCUGACUAACCUGUGCCGGCUGGCUGGCGGGAUGCUGCUCGGGGAGGAAGCGGAGGAGGCGGCUUGGUGGAGGAGGAGCGGCGAGGAGGCUGAAGAGGAGGAGGAGGAGGAAGAUGAAGACGAGGAAGGGGAACAGCAGAUGAUGAUGAGGGAGUGGAGCAAUCAGAGGCUGGAGGAACUUUAUAACCUGCAGAACAUCUGCAGAGCGCUUCUGCACAGUCGCCAGGGCAGGCUACGUCACGACUCCAGAGAGUACGCUGCGGGAAAUGGCGGCGAUGCUGCGCUCAAGCGCAAGUCGCCGUACAUCCUCAAAAGGCAAGCCACUCACGUUUCCAAGUCUCGGAGGCCGUACAUCUUGAAACGGAGUGAAAUUUACUGAGCGGUUGCCGCCCUUGUCCUUUUACUGCCACCCCUUCGUAUGCUGCGACCAACUUUUUCCCGCUCUGCCGCGCCUCUCGACGAGAUAAAAAGUUGAGCAUCACAUUGAAUGAAAAGCUCUAUUUAUUUAUUGACACUUUACUUUGGGUUGUUUGUGUACAUUAUUAAAGUAUCAAGGUAAAAAAAAAAAACGGUCUCAUUUAUUUUAAUGGUACAGAAGGCAAAAAAAGUAAAGCUGUUAAAGAUUUCUUCACUUGGGUUCAAUGGAGAUUGAUUUUUGACUUUUUUCUUGGUGACUCAAGUCAUCUCCCCUCAGCUGUCUAAUGGGGUUCCACAGGGGUCAAUUUUAGGGCCCUAGCUUUAUUUCCUUCCGUUGCCAUGCUGUUGAUUGAUGUAUGUGCUGAUGAAAAAGAAAUAAGCAUUCUCCAUGAAACCUUAAUCAUAAGAUGAUUAUAUCUUGAAGUCAUUAAAAUUGGAGGGCCCUGUGCUGUUGAAAUUUUAAUGAAACGUAAACAGAAGUAAUGGAUGAAAAAUAUGCUUCUAAAGUGACACAAAAUAUGCAAGUAAAUAGGACGAGAGGUUUGUUUUGGUGUCUUGCUUUUUCUUGGUCAUUUUCUAU